UGUGUGUGUGUGUUUCAGGAGGCUGUAUAAGCGUUAUGCGUUCCUGCGUUGUGUAUAAUGUGUGUGUGUGUGUGUGUGUGUGUGUGUGUGUGUUUCAGGAGGCUGUAUAAGCGUUAUGCGUUCCUGCGUUGUGAGGAUGAGAAGGAGCAGUUCCUCUAUCACCUGCUCUCCUUCACCGCUGUGGAGUACUUCUGUUUCACCAACGUCUUCACCACCAUCAACGUGCCGUAUCGUGUGUGUGUGGUCCCCAGUAGGAAGCUGGGGGGCUCCAUGUUCACGGCUAACGGUUGGCUGUGUGUCUCGGGGGAGCUGAGCGAGACCGGAGUCCUGCAGCUACCCAGGAACACACUCGAGAUCACCUUUGAGUGCCAGAAUCUGGGUCGUCUGACUACCGUUCAGGUGGGUCACGAUAACGCAGGUCUCUACGCCAAGUGGCUGCUGGACUGUGUCAUCGUACGCAACGACAUCACCGGACACACAUACAGGUUCCCUUGCGGGCGCUGGUUGGGUCGCGGUGUCGAUGACGGCAGUCUGGAGCGCGUGCUGGUUGGAGAACUGCUGAUGCUGAACAGCGAAUCAGAAGAGAGAAGCAGCCGAGCCCCGCCCACCCCGCCCAUGCAACCCUCGCCAGGAGUCAUACGCCGCCUAGUGGCCAUCUCACCAAACAGCAGGCCCAAGCUGAAUACAGGUCAGAUCCAGGAGGGGGUGGGAGAGGCCAUCAACGGCAUUGUCAAACACUUUCACAAACCAGAGAAGGAGAGGGGUAGCCUAACUCUUCUCCUGUGUGGUGAAUACGGCCUCGUCUGGGCUCUGGAGUGUGUUUUCCUUCACGGCUUCAAGUCUCCACGACUCUUCAAGAGCAUCUUUAUCUGGGAUUACCUAGAGAAAGUGUGUGUGUGUUUUGAGCAGCAGCAGCAGCAGCAGGUGGUCGUUGAGGAGAGUGUGUCGCAGGAGAGUGUGUCACAGGAGAGUGUGUCCCGCGCUUCUGUCUUCUGCCGCUUUGUGCGCGCCAUAAACUCCUCCCCCAGAAACAUCGGCAAGGACGGCAAGUUCCAGAUACUCAUCUGUCUCGGAGCACGGGAGCAUCUCCUCCACGAUUGGAUAGCACUGCUGGCUGGCUGUCCAAUCACAGCCCAGAUGUACGAUGACUCCGCCAUGCUGAAAGAUCAUUGGCUGAUCAACUCUCUCAUCCGCGUCUUGCAGACACUUGAGGAGUUCAACAUCACACUGGAGGCUUCACUAGUCAAGGGCAUCGGACUAUAACACACACACACACACACACACACACACACACACACACACACACACACACUGAAGGCAUCACUAGUCAAGUGAAUAGGACUAUAACACAGCCACACACAC